UCAGCCACAUCCAUUUCGACACCAACAUGACUGACUGACAAAGAUCACCAACGCCCAUGAAGAGCCAGUAGGAAAUAAGCGGUGUAGAGAGAGGAGCCUGCUGCUGAAACAGAGACAGAGAGACAGAGACAGCGAGAGAAAGGAUCUCUGCAUUACUGCACUGCUAGCAUCGUCCUGUCUGUCCCCUGUCGCGUCGCAUCCCCCUCUCCGGGAUUACACCCAGCCUUUUCUACAAGUCUUUCUUCUAUUCCUUCAUUGUUUGUUCCUUUGCUUUAAAAUACAUCGAAAUGGCACGGAUCGACAAAGAGGCUUGCAGGGACGCAUACAACCUGGUCCGAGAUGAUAACUCGGAUAUAAACUGGGCAAUCUUUAAGUAUGAAGGCACGAUGAUUGUGCCAGGAGGACACGGGACUGAUUAUGAAGAAUUCAAAAGCCAGUGUACAGAUGACACCCGUCUGUUUGCUUUCAUAAGGUUCAAAACAGGAGAUGCCAUGAGCAAACGGGUCAAGUUCGUCCUCAUCUCCUGGAUCGGGGAGAACGUUAGCGGACUGCAGAGGGCUAAGAUCAGCACAGACAAAACUUGUGUGAAAGAGAUCUGUCAGAACUUUGCUAAAGAGUUCAUGGUGAGCGACAUUCGAGAGCUGGAGGAAGACUACAUCCUAAACGAGCUGAAGAAGGCUGGUGGUGCUAACUACGACGCUCAGGCGGAAUAGAUUCUAGCAGGGUGCGCUCAGAGGAACGGGGUGGGGGGGAAGGGGGAUCGGUUCAUCAAAUCUGGGAGAAAGAGUAAGGGAAACUUUUCAUCGCACACUCCUUAAACACCUCUACGCAAACACAUACAUGCACGCACACACAUACACACAAACACACACAUACUGUAUAUACACAGAAACACUCGUCUGUCCCCUUCCAGCGUGGUCUCGAUUAGUUUAUCUGCUGUACUGUGCAUCAUCUCACACUCAUCCCGAGUGCAGACUUUGUCUUUGUGUUAAGUAUAACAACUAUAACUGGAGUUCGAGUCAAAGAGACUCAUUUUGUUCUUGAUUGGACUCAUGAGUUUCUUUCACUUUAUUUCUGACAUUGAUCUUCCGUUCCUUAAUACAGACCACUGUGUUUACGGCCCUAAUCUCCCAUGGAGAGAGGAGCAUCACUGGAUGUAUGCGUUUGUGUGUAUGUGUAUGUAUGUCUGUAUGUCUGCAGAUGCUGCACUGUGACUCACUUGGCUUUUGGUGGUUUUUGGGUUACAGCCCUGGAAAGCAGUUCCAUUGUGCAGGCUGCGGUGUUCUCACUGUGGAGCAGCCAUUUCUCUAGUAUAGCCUUUCUUUUUAGUCAUUAAAACCAAUCUUCUUUUUUUUUUUCAUUAUUAAAAAAAAUUAUGCAGCGAUAUAUUUUAUUUUUGUUUGAAACUGGACGAUGUCAACAAAGAAAGCAAAUGUCAUGUGCACAAAUAAUAUGAAUCAUUUCAAAAUAAAAUGUUUUUUUUUAUCAAAAAUGUGUUG